AUGCCUAUUUUACAAUUGUAUACAACAUUACCUCGUAAUAAAGUACCCAGUGAUUUUAAACAAAAAACUUGCCAACUAUUGACCCAGGUGCUCAGGGAUAAGCCAUUGGAAACAAUAACUGUCCAUCUAUUUACUGAUCAAGAUAUCUACAAUAGUAGUGAUCCCAACGGCAAUGAACCCAAUGCUUACGGUAUACUCCGUAGUAUAGGUAGUGUCCGACCCGAGGAUAAUAGGCUAACAAUUGACGAGUUAGCCCAACACGUCAAACGGGAGCUGGGGGUUAGUGUCGGUAAAUUUAUUUUGUUUUUCCUGGAUGUCGAUCCCAAUAUGAUUGGAUAUAAGGGCAAACUAGGCAAAGAUCAUGGAUUAUAA